AAUGAUACCGUCCAAUCAGCUUUGGACUCCUGAUUUAGUAGUAUCAAAUUUUGCUGGGGAUAAAUUCAACGAUUACAUGAUAACAAAUGCUAUUGUUCGUUAUAAUGGUCUUGUUCUGUGGCUUUUUCCUGCUUUAGUUAAAACUUAUUGCACCCUCAAUGUCAAAUAUUUUCCUUUCGACACGCAAAAAUGCGAUAUUGUCUUUAUCUCGUGGACUUAUCAUGGUUUCCAAUUGGAUCUUGCUUACAAUUCGUCGUUUGAGAACACUGUCUACUAUGUUCCCGAAAAUCAAGAGUGGACUGUUGAUGGAAUAACUGCAAAAAGAACAGAAAAAAAAUAUGCUUGUUGUAGCGAGCCCUACCCAGACGUCACAUUUUCAAUCCAUAUGAGGCGUGGUUCUCUCUUCUACGUCGUUAAUCUAAUUGCCCCAUGCUUCCUUAUUUUUCUUAUAUCAUUUCUUGGUUUCUUUCUACCUGUUGAAAGUGGGGAAAAGGUUAAUUUGGAAAUAACAAUUUUAUUGGCAUUGGUCGUGUUUUUGUUAAUGGUUGGCGAAACAAUGCCUCCAACCCCUGAUUCAGUUCCAAUUUUAGGAAUGUUCUUCUGUUCAACGAUGCUUAUGGUUUCAAUCGCUUUAGUUAUGGCUGUUGUAGUUACAAAUGUUUACUCGAAAAAGGAUUCUUUUAAAUCACCGCCCGCUGGAGUUUUAAAAAUUGCUAAAAAAUUUUAUCAGGAUAAACUUCCCGAAUCUAGAUCAGUCUCCAUUAACAUGUCAGCGAUGAGGAUAGGAAAGCACAACUGUAAUGGAAGUCAUGGAGACGUUUUAUCCAUUACGGAAAGUGAUCUAGAAAGUUUAACUUGUUGUAACUGCUGCAAUUGCCGCACACUGCCAUCUUCUGGCCAACAUAAUCUAAGACAAGGUGGACACCAUUAUCAUAUGGAUUAUGACAGAAUUCAAAUAGAGUGGAGAGUUGUUACAAAAUUUGUUGAUAGACUAUUUUUUUGGCUGUUUUUUGUCCUCUCCUGUGCUGUGCAAGCCUUCCUGUUUAGUCAAAUGGUUCCAGAGAGACCAAAACCUGAAGCCAUCCGAACAUAA